AUGGCCAGCAGCGAGAGGCCGAAGAAGCUACAGCGGAUAUCACAAGCCUGCGAUUUGUGCCACCGCAGGAGCAUUCGCUGUCGGCCGAGUACCGAAAAUCCUCAGCAACAAUGCCAGAACUGCUAUGACUUCGCCGUCGAUUGCACAUACAAGCGGCCAUCGCGGCGGCGACGGAAUCACUCACCUGGCCCGAAAACCGAAGGCCGCAAUGCGUCACUCAGCGGUAGCGUCUUGACUGGCCAUUCUGCAGACUUCACAGGAGCUUUCGAGGCUGUACGGGAAGGACGUCCGGAGGAUCAACUGGGUGUGGCAUGGCGGUCCUUCGCUGCAGCCAGCGGACCGACGAUUGAGCGGUACCUGGAGGUCUACAUGGAGUUCAUCUACCCGCUAUUCCCAUUAUUUCACGGUCCGACAUUGUGGGAACGUAUCCGUCGGCGACACCAUCUUACCGAUAGGGGUUUCUUCGCCUCGGUCAUGGCGGCUUGUGCCCUUACAGCUGCGAGAGGUCGAGAUGGCGCUACCGGUGACAAGUACCAAUUCGACGAGAGUGCAGCAAAGUCUUCUGAAAUGUUUUUCUCCGCGGCGCAGGACGCCAUCUAUAAGGAUUUGAGCAAAGCCAUUGGACUCGGAUAUCUUCGUGCAUGCGCGCUGUUGGCUGUGACCAGCAUUCAAUAUGGUCAAUUGCAGACGAUGCACCAAUACAUGGGGCAUUUUCAGACCCUGAGCACGAUCCAACAAUUCCACGACGAGGAGAAAUGGCCGCAAAAUCUGUCUCUGGUCGAGAAAGAGGAACGCCGGCGUCUCUUCUGGUCCAUGUAUACGAUGGACAUUUACACGGGCGCCGUGUUCGGCACGAUACUAAAAUCGCAAGAAACUCACUCCAACGUCCGCUACCCGAGCGAGAUCAGCGAUGAGCAGAUCUCUGCUGGGAGUGCAUCCCCGUCAGAGGAGCUGCACUGGCUGAGAGGCUGGAAUUUCACGACAGAUCUGUACCGCGUGCUGGAGCACACGCUCAAGAGGUUGCGACGCAACAAGCAGCAAAGGGACGAUCGUACGUCCGUUGUCCGGCUUCUCAUUGCCGACAGCAUUCCGGAUGUUCAGGUCAUGGAGAACAUUCUCAAUCUCUACUACCAGCUACCUCCGCGUUUUAAAGAGUACCAGGUCGCGGUCACUGGAGACAAAAGUCAAGACGUGUUCGGAUUUCAAGCGGCCAAUAUCCAAGCUACACUGCAACUAGUCCGGAUCACUUUGUUCGAAUCUAGCAAUUGGCACGAUGUCGACCAAAAGUGCGAGGUCGCAGAGUCCGUUCUGUCCUCCUUCCACAACAUCUCGCCACACUACCUCCGAGCAAUAUCGACACCACUGGUAUACCACCUCGGCGGCAUUGGGCAGAUCCUCGCGGGAGUCAUGCAGGGCAUCCUCACGGAAGACAAAUACCAGCGGGUCGUAAGCCUGCUAGGCUCCAUGGCGGAUCUACUCGAAGGUCUCGAGUCCGGCCUCCAGCCAGCGACCGGCGCAAGCAAAGGUGUCCGCGCACAGAUCGAGAAGAUUGAUCAGUUCAUGAACGCUCAGCGGCAGAUGCUGUCAUCCUUCCCUCAGACAUCAACGCCUCUUGGAAGUUUGCCUGACCUGAGCCUUCCGAAUGGAGCAGUCGCUGAAGCUCAGAACGGUAAUCUUCCGCUCCCGAUGAACAACCUGGGUAUGCACACUCCUAUGGACGAGUUUCAAUUGCCAGGAAGUCUCACGGGAGGGUGGCCUUGGCCAUUUGACUAUACGCAAGAGAAUGGUGCGCAGAUUUUGAACGGAUUUGGUGAUGAGGGUCGAUGA